GGACUCUCGGAAGAUCAGAUUCAGAUGCAACAGAUGGCUACCGACUUUGCCGUAAAAGAAAUGCUGCCCAACAUGUGCGAAUGGGAUGAAAAGGAGUACUUUCCGGUGGAGGCUAUGCGCAAAGCAGCGGAGCUCGGAUUCGGAGGCGUCUACAUUUCGGAGGACUACGGAGGUGCUGGCUUGGGUCGCUUGGAUGCUUCAGUCAUUUUUGAAGCCCUCUCUCGUGGAUGUGUCAGCACGACUGCCUACAUCAGUAUCCACAAUAUGGCCUGUUACUUGAUCGACGCCUUUGGAAAUCACGAGCAAAAGCUUAGGUGGCUUCCACAGCUGUGUACGAUGGAAAAGUUUGCGUCCUACUGCCUCACCGAACCGGGCAGUGGCAGCGAUGCUGCGUCGCUGAGCACGACGGCCAAGCGGGACGGUGACGACUACAUCCUGAACGGCAGCAAGGCUUUCAUCAGCGGCUCAGGGACCAGCGACAUCUACGUCAUAAUGGUCCGGACGGGCGGUCCGGGCCCCAAGGGGAUCUCGGCAGUGGUCGUGGAGAAAGGAACGCGCGGACUCAGCUUCGGCAAAAAGGAGAAGAAGCUUGGCUGGAACACGCAGCCGACGCGAAUGGUGAUCCUGGAAGACUGUCGAGUUCCUGUGGCCAAUCGUUUGGGUGAAGAGGGCCAGGGAUUCCAGUUUGCCAUGAAGGGGCUGGACGGAGGUCGCGUCAACAUUGCGUCGUGUUCAAUGGGGGCCGCAGCCGCCAGCAUUGACGUUGCCAUCGAGCACAUGAAGGUUCGGAAGCAGUUUGGAAAGCCCCUGGCAGCAUUUCAGCACCACCAGUUCUUGCUGGCCAAGAUGGCCACAGCGUUGCAGACAUCUCGUCUGAUCGUGCGCAAGGCGGCAGAGUCCAUUGACCUCGACUCUCCUUACAAGACUGCUUUGUGUGCCAUGGCAAAGCUGCACGGCACAGAGGCAGGAUUUAAGGUUACGAACCAGGCGCUACAGAUGAUGGGAGGCUAUGGUUUCAUCAAGGAGUAUCCGAUUCAGCAGUAUCUACGGGACUUGAGGGCUCACCUCAUCAUAGAGGGUACAAACGAAAUGAUGCAACUGGUGAUCUCCAGAGACAUUCUUAGGGACUGAGGGAAGGUCGUUUCGGAGCAUUCAUGGUUUCGUCCAGUGCCGUUUUCAGAUAUGGAUAAGGACGGAGAACCACUUUGCUGUUAGAAACUGCUGUUUCAGGAUGUAGAAUCUUCGUGCUGUCUGGUGAUCGCUGUGAGACACUGUGCUCACAAGUCUGGAAAACUUCGUUUCUCUCUCCUUGGCGGCUCUGUCAGAGAGUCGCGACAUAAGUGAAAGUCAGAAGUUAAACUUACAAAUAAUGGUUACAACAUUAUUGGUCACAGCAGCGUUAUGGGCAUCAGCAUUACUGUAGGUUUCAAAAAACAAUUUAUGGUCCAAAUUAAACAUUUUACAAAGUUUA